AGGGUUCUACACUUUUACUCCACACUUCCACAGUUUGGGUACAGACUCUUUCUUCUUCCCUCUUUUGGUUUCUGAAAUUGCAGCAAUCAGCAAACAUGGCACCGAAAAACAAGACAUCAACCAUGAUUUGGGUACGGACUCUUUCUCUCCUUUCGGUUAGGAAAUCGAAACAAUCAGCAAACAUGGCAAAGGAAGAAGAGAUCGCUGCUAGAAUGAUCUCCUCUUCUCAAAGAGCUACCGAAAAGUUCCAAGGUUCAACAGUUUGUAGUUCUAAACUAUCCCGUUGCCCUGUUGUCGCUUUGGAAACCGUGUCUAGAUGUUACUAGAUCUUGCUAUAAGACAGGGGAAGACAGACACACUGUUCUCCUCUUCGAUCAAAAGGGUGAGAAAAUGCAGCUUCGAUUUUCAUGUUCAUUUGUCUAACUUGUUGGGAUAAUGUGUCAAAAAAGCAGUGUUAAUAAUCAUUUGAAGAAUUAUCAGAGUAGAAAGCAGUUUCUUGUUUGCUCUCUUUCAGGUAUGUUUUGUCUUUUGGCUUUAAAAUGUUUUGAUUCCUUUUAGCAUCGACAAUAGAUAAUCCUUGGUAAU